AAUGCCAGGAUCACCCACUGAUGGGGCUUUUUCCUGCAGAGUCUGGCUGAAAGAGUGGGGUGUUGCCCUCCCCUGACAUAACGAUAGAUUACAGUAAAAUCAAUUCUGCUGUACUCCUUACUGUCUCCUGCUGUACACAGAUUCCAGUCGUUCAACAAAAGGCAAAAUGGUGUACCACCCUGAGUUUGAGCGAGCAGGCCAGCAGCCUGGGCUCCAAGUUUGGAGAAUCGAGAAGUUUGAUUUGGUUGCAGUUCCUGAGAACCUCUAUGGAGGGUUCUACACAGGUGAUGCCUAUUUGGUGCUCAAUACUAUCAAACAACGCUCUGGCAACCUACAAUACGACCUCCACUUCUGGCUGGGUGACUAUUGCACACAAGAUGAGAGUGGGUCGGCUGCCAUUUUCACAGUGCAGAUGGAUGAUUAUUUGGGUGGAAAGCCCAUCCAGUACCGUGAGGUUCAGGGCCAUGAGUCCAAAGCUUUCCUGGGCUACUUUAAGAAAGGGCUGCAGUACAUGAAAGGUGGAGUUGCCUCUGGAUUUAAACAUGUGAUCACCAAUGAAGUUGUAGUACAGCGUGUGCUGCAGGUCAAAGGUCGUCGUGUUGUCAGGGCAACAGAAGUGCCAGUCAGCUGGGACAGCUUUAACCAGGGAGACUGCUUCAUCGUAGACUUGGGAAAUGAGAUCUACCAGUGGUGUGGCUCAAAAAGUAACCGCUUUGAGAAGCUAAAAGCUACUCAGCUUGCGAAAGGCAUUCGUGACAAUGAACGCAGUGGACGAGCCCGUGUGUACGUAUGUGAUGAAGGGAUGGAACGAGAGAAGAUGUUGGAGGUUCUUGGAGAAAAGCCUGACCUACCUGAAGGAGCAUCUGAUGACAUUAAGGCUGAUGCCUCCAAUAGGAAGAUGGCCAAACUUUAUAAGGUGUCUGAUGCCAGUGGAGACAUGACGAUUGCCCUGGUGGCCGCUGAUAACCCCUUCACCCAGAGUGCACUGGAAUCCAGUGACUGCUUCAUACUGGACCAUGGCUCAGAUGGCAAGAUCUUUGUUUGGAAAGGCAAAGAUGCCAAUGUUGAAGAGAGAAAGGCUGCCAUGAAGGCAGCAGAUGAGUUUAUUAAGAAAAUGGGUUACCCCAAGCACACUCAAGUGCAGAUUCUGCCAGAGAUGGGCGAGACUCCUCUAUUCAAGCAGUUCUUUAAAAACUGGCAUGAUGUGGACCAGACGGAGGGCCUGGGUGUGGCUUAUGUCUCCAACAGCAUUGCUAAGAUUGAGAAGGUGCCGUUUGAUGCUUCCACCUUGCAUGAUUCCCCAGCCAUGGCCGCUCAACACGGAAUGAUCGACGAUGGCAAUGGAGAGAAACAGAUCUGGCGUAUUGAAGGUUCAGAUAAGGUUCCAGUUGACCCCUCUACUUAUGGCCAGUUCUAUGGUGGAGACAGUUACAUCAUCCUGUACAGUUAUCGCCAUGGAGGCAGACAGGGUCACAUCAUCUACAUCUGGCAGGGUAAGGACUCAUCGCAAGAUGAGAUUGGGGCAUCUGCCAUUUUAGCCACCCAACUGGACGAUGAGCUUGGAGGUGGACCUGUGCAGGUGCGAGUGGUCCAGGGUAAGGAACCAGCUCACCUGAUGAGUCUGUUCGGAGGGCAGCCCAUGGUGGUGCACAAUGGUGGCACCUCCAGGGAAGGAGGUCAGACGGAGCCAGCCGAGACUCGGCUGUUCCAAGUGCGCUCAAACUCUGCAGGGUGCACACGAGCUGUGGAAAUUGAUGCCAUGUCCUCUAAUCUGAACUCCAAUGAUGCCUUCGUCCUGGUGACCCCAGCCACUUCUAUGAUGUGGGUGGGACGUGGAGCCAGUGAUACAGAGAAAUGUGGAGCACAGCAGCUUUGUGACAUCCUGGGAGUUUCGCCAUCCAUGCUGCAUGAAGGAGGGGAGAAUGAGAACUUCUGGGAGGCUUUGGGAGGAAGGGCACAGUACCGCACAUCUGCCAGGCUACAGGACAAGCUGAAUGCCCAUCCGCCACGACUGUUUGCCUGCUCAAACAAAACGGGACGCUUCAUUAUUGAGGAGGUACCUGGGGAGAUGACACAGGAAGACCUGGCUACAGAUGAUGUCAUGAUACUUGACACCUGGGACCAGGUGUUUGUUUGGAUCGGUAAUGAUGCUCACGAGGAGGAGAAGACUGAGGCUAUAGCUUCAGCUGUCCGAUACAUUGAAACUGACCCGGCCAACCGUGACCCGCGCACACCUAUUGUGAAGAUCAAACAGGGCUUUGAGCCACCCACUUUCACAGGCUGGUUCCUGGGCUGGGACCAUGACUACUGGAGUACUGACCCCCUGGAGCGUGCCAUGGCUGAGCUUGAGCUGUGAACUUUCACCUGACCUUUAAGCCCCACUGCCUUACUGCAAGCUGAUCAAAGUUACCCUUCUAUACAAUUAAGACACCAAUUUGAUGUUAAUGAGGGUUUUUUCAAGGGUUCAAAAACCACAAUACUGCCCUGAACUUCAGUCACCAAACUUAAGGCAACUCCAUUAAUUCUCUGCAGAGUUACUUUUGUAUUUAAGUGCUGGCUGCAUGCUCUCUGCAAUGUUUUAUUUAGUGUUUUUAAAGCAUCUAGAUAACUAAUAUUUUAUCUGUACACCCUGUCUUGCUGAAGUGCAUGUAAUAUACAGGGAUAGUCUUCUUAAAAUCCGUGAAACAUUUUUGCCUUUUUUUAAUAUUUUUUUUAUGAAAAAUGUAUGUGACCAGUAUUGAGGUUUACUAGCGGGCGGGUUGCAGCGUGAAUCAUCUACAUGUUUCCAUUGAUCAUGGUAUAAAUAUUGGGGGGGUUGUACUUGCUUGUUUUGAUUAUUGGGUUACCUCCCCCCAUCCCCCCUGGAAACUACGCCCCUGACAGUAGGUAUAGGGUCUUUUUUCACCUUUUAGCCAUUUCAUCCGACACUCUAUAGUUUGCUAUUGACUUUGUUCAGAAUGGCAUACUACCAUACUUCUCUUGCUAUUUCUGCAGCAUAUAGUAUGCAUACUGAGCACAUUAUGCAAAUUUUCAGUAUGCAUGGAAUACCCAGAUGUGCAGUAUACAAAAGGGCACACUGCACUGAAUACUAUAUCCCAUAAUGCGUAAAUGCUCUCAACAUGACCUUCCAUUUUCUAGUGUUAUGAAUUAACUAGAAGUAAUAUCAACCUAAAAUUUUCUCUUUCUUGACUCAUUAUUUGAUCUGACUGCCGAAAGACAUUUUUAUACAAAAUUGUCUUUAAAAAAAAUAUUUGAUGAUAAUGCCACUCGCAGAAUUGAUCAUGAAGCAUAAGGUCAUGUGACAACAGUGAAGCAUACUACUGUUUGAAAUGCUAUUAAUACCAUAUAUACUGUUUUCACCUAUUAUUCUUAAAAAUUAUUAAGCAGUGUAGUGUAUACAGCACAGUAUUCUGUAAAAACCAGUAAGCUAGUCUUCCAUUCUGAACAGCCUACAGUUGCUACAGUACGGAAUAAGCAAUGGCAUGCCUCCACAGACAGAGGGCGCUGAAAGACUCUUUCAAAGAAUGUAUUACUACCUCCAGUCUCAAUGUAAGAACUGCCAGCCCUCUUGUCUCAUUUUAGAUUUUAAAUAGCAAGGUUUAGGAUUGCCUAUGUUGAGCGGCGAUUCAUUUAAUAAUUUCUGAGCGGAAUAGGGACAUGUCUUGAUAUUGGUCAGGUAUGUGAUGAUUUUCCUAGGAGGCCUUAUGUCUACAUAUGCAGUGUUGAGACUGAAACUGACCCAUUUUCUAGCUAUGGGGGCUAGAGUAGAUAGAUGUUAACAGAUGGGAAGGUUAAGUUCCUAAUGAUAUGUGGAACUGGUACAUCUCUAUGCAGACCCCACACCAUGCAAAGGUUGCUUUUGAUGUUUGCUGGAAUGGAGACUCGACAUUUAUUUAAAGAGUUAAUACAGACACUGCUGCUUUGCCUGUGCAAAUCCUUCUGACCUGUAGAUUAAAAAAAUGACAGGAAAAAAAAAUCUGUUUUACUACUGGUACAAUAAAGAACCACAACUCCAAUGGUUUCCAGAGUGUUCUUCAUUAAUCAGUCAUUGUGAAUGACAUUCUGGGGGGGGGGGAAACAACACUUGUUUAAAGGUAAAGAUUUUAUGUACUUUUAAGUCUUGAAAUGGGCAGUAUUACAUAUUAUGAUCUACUAAAGGGAACUGGACAAAUCACACAUCAAAAAAUAUAAAUGAUAUGCAUAAAAAUGCAGUGCCAAACAACAUUCAAUGUUACAAUGUACAGUCAAAAAAAAAAAAAAACCAAAACAAA